UAGUGGCAGUGACAGUUCACCCAAAUACCGCCAUUGACUUGUGUUUACGAUCGCGAUUAGUGUUGCGUUAGCGCAAGAAAUCGUUGCAUAUCUGCUUUCAGUUGAAUAACGAUUGAUGGAAAGCUCCAAAAAUGGGGCUAGAUUUUGACCCACUCGAGUAUUGCAAGAAAUUAAAGAACCAACAGCAUUCGCCCCCGUACAGCUGCCCUGUUGACAAAUGUGAUCGAUCCUACAAAUCAGUGUGUGGACUCCAGUAUCACCUGGUCAACUAUGACCACAAUAACCCGCAGCCUGUCCAAGCACUUGUGACACCCAACCGGAAGAAAGGACGUUCGCGAAUAAUUGCCUCGCCUAGCACCCCGGUCGACGCCAAAACCUCACCCAAGGAGGCUGUCACAUACUGCGAGGCGGAGAAUUUCGUUCAAUUCGACAUUGACGGCAAAAGUAUUAAAGUGAAUGCCGGAGAAGACCUGCCCAUCAUCUCCAGCGAGGACUACCACAAAAUGCUGGAACGGGGCGAUUUCGGCCCAACACCCGAAGUACCGCCGGAACCACAUCUGAAACUCCCGGUGGCCGCGUUCAACGAGAUCGAAGGAUACAACAUCUGUGAUGCGCCCGCACGCCCCAAUGCCUACAUCAGGUUCAUCGAAAAAUCUGCCGAGGAACUCGAUGGGGAGGUGGAGUACGACGUGGAUGAAGAGGACACUACCUGGUUGGCCACUAUGAAUCACAAACGGGAGGAAGCUGGGAUGAAUCCUGUUGGAAUCGACACGCUUGAACUGCUCAUGGAUCGGCUCGAAAAGGAAUCGUACUUCCAGGCGGCUGCCAAUGGUCAAAGUGGCGUGGAAGUGGAUGACGAUGCUGUUUGUUGCAUAUGCAUGGAUGGAGAAUGUCAAAAUACAAAUGUCAUACUUUUUUGUGACAUGUGUAACCUAGCAGUUCAUCAAGAUUGUUAUGGGGUUCCUUACAUCCCUGAAGGACAGUGGCUGUGCCGCCGAUGCUUACAAUCUCCAAGUACACCUGUAAGUUGCGUUCUCUGUCCCAAUACAGGAGGCGCUUUCAAGCAAACUGAUCGUGGAUUAUGGGCACAUGUUGUAUGUGCACUUUGGAUUCCAGAAGUACGAUUCGCAAACACAGUGUUCCUAGAACCAAUUGAUUCAAUUGAAAUGAUUCCACCAGCUCGUUGGCGCCUUACCUGUUACGUAUGCAAGGAAAAAGGGAUCGGUGCCUGUAUCCAGUGUUUACGUAACAACUGCUACGCCGCGUUCCAUGUUACCUGCGCUCAGCAGGCUGGGCUUUACAUGCGAAUGGACACGGUGAAAGAUAGCGGAAAUGAGGCACAUCCAGUACAGGUUCAAAAAAUUGCUUAUUGCCAUACCCACACACCGGCAGACGCGAAAAAUGAUAGCGACUUCGAAAAAGCCCGAGAGGAGACACGCCACAAGAUGAAGGAAGCAAGAAAAUUAUUAGCGAAAAAGCGAUCAAGCGUUCCACUUAUUCUAAUUCCAACAAUUCCGACGGAUCGUGUACAAGAGAUUUCGGGACUAGUUAGUAUGCAGAAAAAGGCUCAGUUUAUUCAACGUUUGAUCGCCUAUUGGACGCUGAAAAGACAAUACAGAAAUGGCGUUCCAUUGUUACGACGGUUGCAGAGUCAAGGACAAAGUCAUUCCAGCUUCGGUCGAAACGGUAUUGAAGGAUCUCCUAACAGUUCUGAACUAUACCAGCACAAGAAAAAAUGGCAAUGUCUUCGACAAGACUUGGAGCGAGCACGUUUACUUUGCGAAUUAGUUCGUAAACGUGAGAAACUGAAAGCUGCCCUUAUUAAAACAACGGAGCAGGUGUUGAUGCUACAGCUCAAUCCUCUCGAAACUGCCAUGUCUAAAUUAUUGGACAUGCUCGAAGCAAAAGACACUUCGGAGAUAUUCAUGGAACCGGUGAACUGUGAAGAUGUUCCCGACUAUCGUGACAUUGUCAAACACCCCAUGGAUCUUGGCACCAUGCGUCAAAAAUUGAAGGAUGGCAAAUAUCGAAGCCUCGACGAAAUGGAAUUCGAUUUUGAUUUGAUGAUUAAGAAUUGUUUGGCAUAUAAUAACAAAGAUACAGUUUUUUAUCGUGCAGGCAUUCGUAUGCGAGACCAAGGUGGACCAUUGUUCAAAGUUAUACGGAAAGAAUUGGAAAGAGAAGGCAUUGUCGACCAAACGCAGACGAAAAGUGAUGACAAUAUUGUUCAAGAAAUCGACGAUGAAUACAAAGAACUAACGAGCCUCCCGCCAAAUGACGCUCUCGUGGAAAAACUACUUAUUCUCUCUGAUAAAGCGCAAGCACUGCGUAAUCCUACACAGAGAACAAAGCGUGUUAAGAUAAUACGUUUAGAAAUGUCUAGAGUACGAAAAGCUUUGACACGCGCAAAAAUUGCUGCGUCAAAAGCGAUAUCGGACAGUUCGCAAUCGGAUGCUGAAACAAAAGAGCAAGAACCAGUAGAUCAAACACCACCUUGUAGCCCUCUUAAAAGCAUAUGUAACAGCGCUUCCCCAUCAGGGGUCAACCGCCGAACCGCUGUCCUCUUCACACGCAAAGCUCAAGCGGUUUUAAAGAAACCAGAACAAACCGCAAAAGAAGAAUCCUCUUGUGAAAUGGCAACUCUCGAAAAAGUCAAAUCUCCUAAACGUAAUUCAAAAAACAAACGUCCUUCCAAUAGGCGGAGUAUCGAAGAUGGUGAAAGUCAGCGCGAUAAACAUCGCAGCCCUACAUCAAGCCCAAAAAAGUCUCCGCACAAAGAAAAUUUCGAAUCAAUUCCAGACAGUUUUAGACUGUACAGAGCAAAUCCAAAUAGGGAGAUAUCUGAAACUGAUGAGAGUGAAAGCGAAUACACGGACAGUCCUUGUAGCAGCUGCUCAGAGUUUAGUGUGAGUGGAUCUGGAUCCGAUUUUGACUCAAGUUUCGAAGAGGAUGGAAGUGGUAAUAAUUCGGACAUGGUAUCCAACGGCGAACAACACGCUCACGAGGGACUCAAAGCAAAUCCUCCGCCACACGACGAAACUACAACGGCAUCAACACCACAGCCGAAGGACGACAAAGGAGCACUUGAGCCACUUCAACUGGUUUGGGCCAAAUGCCGAGGUUAUCCUUGGUAUCCAGCUCUCAUUAUCGACCCAAAAACUCCUAAAGGAUUCGUCUACAAUGGAGUACCUUUGCCCGCUCCUCCGCAAGAUGUUUUAAAUUUAAGGAAAAACUACACAGAAGACGUAUUCUUGGUCCUGUUUUUCGAUGCCAAGCGCACAUGGCAAUGGUUGCCAUCAACCAAGUUGGAGCUUCUUGGUAUCGACAAGGAACUGGACCAGUCAAAGUUGGUGGAGUCACGAAAGCCCACGGACCGGAAAGCGGUGAAAAAAGCUUACCAAGAUGCAUUGCACUAUCAAAGUCAGCAUUUUUGAUCAGGGUCCUGAAGUUAGGGACCCCGCAGUGACAGCAGAACUGCUGCAAGGCACAAAUGUUCCCUCUGAUCUGACGAUAUAGACGAAAUGAAAGGCUCAGCUCAGACUAAAUUCUCACUGGUUUUAUUUAUAAUGUUACAAAUUAUGUCGAUCCUAAUGUUGAACUGCUAUCAAUAUAUUUUUCAUUACAAAA